AUGACGAGGAUGAAGACGAGUUUGAAGGACCGAACAAUAAAAACAGAGGACGCAGUUUCGACGACCCAGCCUGACCUGUGUGACCUCCAUGGCGUGACCCCGCUCAUGCACGCCGCUGCCCUGGGCCACACAGAGACCGUCCAGGUGAUGAUGGAGUACAACCGCAGCGGGACAGUCACCAUCGACAUGGGAGCUCGGGAUGACAACGGCAACACAGCUCUAGACCACGCCGUCAGACUGGGCAACAGCGCCACCAACAGUCACAACAGUAGUCCCAACAAAAGCCUCAAGAACAACCACAACAACAAUAAUAACAACAAUAAUAUCAACAGCAGUAUUAACAAAGGCCCUGGUGUGAGCAACAACAAUAAUAACAAGAAUAAGGUUGGUAAAACCCUCACGACAUCCCCGUCGGCGGCGGUUUCGGCCGUACAAAGAAGUAAAAGUGUGGAGAUUCAAGGUCUUCUACAAAGCUACAGCAGCGAGGUGGGCGCGGUGCGCUGUCCGUCCCCUUCGCCCCCAGGCACAGGGGAGGAGAUGAUAGAACUCGCCGACAUGUCAAGCCAUCAAUCACAGGGCUCAGACCCCGCCCACCAACCGCGCCAGCCCCGAGCCUUGCACGCCUCUCUCAGGAAAAACGAUAGGCAAGGUCAAAGUUCACGGCACCACUCGUCAAAGAGUGAGUCGGACUCUGGCGACUCCGUGGGUUGUGACUCUGGGGAUAUACAGAAGUGGGCUGAAGAGGUGAAAGGUCAACACGAAGCUGCUGGACGGAUGGCCACUCUAGCGUCACCGUCUGUCCCCAGCCUGUCACGACCCGGGUCUAAGCAGUCACAGGUCAAACAGUCACGUCCUGGCUCAUCUCUGUCUGCUCCUGGGUACGUACCUGUGGCAAGGCCAGGGUCACCUAGGGUCAAGGCUAUAGGUCAGACGAGGAGACAGGACCUUCUUCGUCCUUCUGGGACGUCAGACGAAGACGAUGACGAGGACAUCAGUUUACAGAGUCUGUCAGAUCUCCUGGGGACCGUGCGUCAGUACGCGAAAGAGAUUAGGGAGAUCUAUGCUCCCAUUCAGAAGGAGGAAGAGGAGAGGGUGAAAAAGAAGCAUGAGAGAGCGGAGAAAAGAAGGAACAAAGUCCUCAAUAAAGCUCUGGAUGCUGCGAGAGCGAAGAAGAAUCUUGGUCCUCCGGUCCAACAAGAGGUGUGUGUGGAGAUACAUCAGCUGGAGGACGCUGCUGGAAGAGUGGAGGGAGGGGCGGGGAGGGAGAAGCACAAACCUCGCGGUCCGUCACACUCCAAGAGCAUGGAACCCUCGCCAUCCCAGCCUGUGGCUUUGCUACACGUGGAGAACGAGCAGCUGUCCAGCACGUGGCCGAGGGGGAGACCCAGGUCCCAAUCGUCCGACAGAACGCUCGCUGAGACGUCCGGAAGGAAACGCGUCACUACCAGCUUCAAAGAAACGUCUUCGACCUCCGGACAUGCGCGGCCCCAGAUCCCGGCCGACUGGCACGAACAAGGUACUCUCCAACACGAGAGAGACAUUCUCAACAAAGCUUUCAAGAGACUCAACGACAAACAGCCGGAUAUGCUCAUGUCGGCGUUUAACAAGACUCAGUCUCCCGGACACAGACGCAUGCCACAACAGAUGGUGCAGAAUUCCCGCCAGAGUGUGAUCCAGGUCGCUAAAGAACACCAGAUGGCGCGACAGAACGCCCUGCCCAGCAUCAGCAUCAUCCCUCCCCCCGCCGAGGUCCAGAGAGGGAUGGUGCCGGGGGGAGGGGGGAGCAGCCUGUACGACAACGCAGUGAUUAUUCCCCCUGGCGACAGUGUGGCGUCUGAGGGUCAUCAUCACAUCGAGAAACAGUCCAAGAAUGGCGGCGCCGGGGUCAAGUCUAGUGCAAAGGCUGGUCUACGUAGAAGAAAGUCUGUGGACCAGGGCAUGGGACCGAAUGUGGUGAUGGACAAGUACUGA